AUGGCACCCCGAAAGAAUGCCAAAGGACUUUCGCCAGCCCCGUCAACACCAACGCGUCGUCCAAGCUCAGCUGCUUCUUCUCCAGAAAAACCUCCUGGUCCAUUGAGCGUCACUAUCUCUCCGGAGGAGCGCGAGGUUAUCAAGGUCAACAACUACAGCGCAACCGAGCUCAAGAACGCAUGUGAUGAUGCUCUGAAACGAUACUUGUCGAGACCCGUUUUAUUUAAACAAAUACAUCUUCACACUGAUGUGCGACUGGCUUUGGGAUGGGCAGGCGUAUUCACUGCAUUAGCUACUGGACUUUAUGGGUGGAAAUCUGACUUCGAAAAGUCGAAGCCUGUAGUCUGGGUUGGGUUCAUACUCUACCUGGUCCUCACCUCCCUUCAGACACUAUAUUCCUACUUUGUGGAAGGCGAUACCAUCUUUGUCGGCCGACGAAAAACCUUUUCAAAAAGAAUAAUAACAGAACGGAUAACAAUUUCCUCGCGCACGCUUCCAGUACCGUCUUCUAAAUUAAGUCUCAAGCCGAGCCCCACGAACUCACCGUCAUACUCGAUCUCCAUUAAUUACGUCCAGUCUACAUCAGGGGGUAAAUCACUGCUUGCAAAGGGCCGAACACACGAAGCGAAAGAGUACUCGGCCUUCUUUGAUGAAAAGGGCGUCAUGGCACAGGAAGUGUUUGAGCGAUGGAUUGGAGAGCUGGUGGAGGCAGUGAUGGAGGGAAAGGGGGCAUGA